ACCACUGCAACAGAAGCCAUGUUGCUGUCCUCUUUGGUCCUCACUCUGGCCUUGCUGAUGGCUUCCGGCACUGAGUACAAGGUGAAGGAGGUCUGUAUCGGAAGUCCUGGCAUCCCUGGCACUCCUGGAUCCCACGGCCUGCCAGGCAGAGAUGGGAGAGACGGCAUCAAAGGAGACCCUGGGCCUCCAGGCCCGAUGGGCCCGCCUGGAGAAACACCAGCCUGCUCCGGGCCUAAUGGGCUGACCGGAGCCCCUGGUGUCGCUGGAGAGCCUGGAGUACAGGGGGAGCCUGGCGAGAGAGGCCCUCCAGGGCUUCCAGCUUCUCUAGAUGAGGAGCUCCAAACCACGCUCCGUGACUUGAGACAUCAGAUCCAGCAGGCCAUGGGAGUCCUAAGUUUGCAGGAGUCCAUGCUGGUAGUGGGAGAAAAGGUCUUCUCCACCAAUGGGCAGUCGGUUAAUUUUGAUGUCAUUAGAGAGUCAUGUGCCAGAGCAGGUGGCCGCGUUGCUGUCCCGACGAGCCCAGAAGAGAACGAAGCCAUCGCCAGCAUCGUGAGGAAGCACAACACUUACGCCUACCUGGGCCUGGAGGAGGGCCCCAGCCCUGGAGACUUCCGCUACCUGGAUGGGGCCCCCGUGAAUUACACCAACUGGUACCCAGGGGAGCCCAGGGGUGGGGGCAAAGAGAAGUGCGUGGAGAUGUACACAGACGGGCAGUGGAAUAACAAAAACUGCCUGCAGUACCGCCUGGCCAUCUGUGAGUUUUGA